GAAAUACACAUGUGAAAUAAUAUCUUAAAUAAGAAUAAAUACAAAUUUAAUAUGUAUCACUAUUGUAAAAUUAUAAUAAUAAUUUUAAUUUCAAUAUCGAAAUCUAAUUAUAUACAAACUUGUCCCAUUUAUCUAACAAUCGGUUUGGAUGGCAGCACUUAUCAAGAAUCAACUUUACACUUAAAUUGGGCCUCCGAUUGUUUUAUACGCCCUGAAUGGUAUGGCAUUUAUAAUGAGGAACCUUCAACCACCCUACUGCAACCGUUUAUACGUCUUUAUAAUAUUAGCAAUGCCACAUUUCAAAUGUCUAUUAAGCAAAAAAUUGGAAAAUUAAAAUUUCCCAAAGGUUGGAAUCGUAACGAUGCCGAUGUACAACCGUUGCAUUAUACAAAAAGUAAAUGUUUGGAUUAUUAUGUGGCCAGUUUUCAGUCUAAUGAACUUUUAUCGGUGGAAUGUUUGAAAAUCUAUCCGACUUGGAUGACAAAACAGAAUGAUAUUGUUAAAAUGCAAUUGAAAGAACUUUUUAUACCAGGAACCCAUGCCUCCGGUGCCUAUCUAACUAAUUAUGGUGCUAUCAAAUCGUUAUUUAUACGUGAACAUGCUGUUUCACAAUAUUUUGAUGUCUGGUCUCAAUUGGUAUUUGGUAUACGUUAUUUGGAUUUAAGUAUUGGCUAUAAACCAGUCGAUUUAUAUGAUCCACAAAAUCCCGAAAACUUUUGGAUAGUGAACGAAAAUAUGUUUAUUAAUCAGUUGCGUUUCGUUUUAAAAGAUGUUCGUAAAUUUGUAAGCAUAUCUGGGGAAGUUGUUAUAUUGGAUUUCAGUUCGUUUCCCAUAGGUUUUUACAAACAUCCCGAUAGACACACAGGACUAUUGCAUUUGAUCACUAAUGAAUUGGGUCAUUUGGCAUUUCAACGCAACGAUAGAAGUGUGCACUGUUACGAUUUAACCAUCGAAGAAAUAAUAGCAACUAAUGGAACCAUAAUAAUAUUAUAUCCAUUAGAAGAAUUACCACAUCCAGAAAAUGAAUCUCCCAUACUCUGCUCGCCAUGGAAACGUUUCUCAACCGGAUUUAUGAAUAACUCUCAGGCACUGGACUAUAUGCGUCUAUUGUUUAGCAAAAAGAAAACAUCACCAGUUCAAGAUGAAGGUUGGAUAUUUAAUGCCAUUAAAAGUAUGGAACAAUCUUUGAACACCAACAAGUUACAAACGGCCAAAGAAAGAGCUUUACACAUCAAUACAAAAGUCUCAAAUUGGCUUCGUGGACCUUGGGGUUCUACGGCAAACAUUGUAACUUUGGACUAUUUCAGCAGCACAAAUAUCAUAGAUGUUGCCAUAUAUGCGAAUAUACAAAAAGCAUUUUUAAAAUUAAAUAAGGAUUAUGUGAAAUUUGAAAUAACUGAAAAAUAAAGGAAAUUUUAGACAUUGAUCUGAUGU